CUAUAGAGAUACAAUCUUCUGUAUAUAUUAUACAUAGAACUACGCAUAUUUGGAUUUUAGUUUGAUCGAUGCAAGAGCCGAUCAUGGUCGACAAAGGAGAGGAGGCCCUGGAUUUGCCUCCGGGUUUCAGAUUUCAUCCCACGGACGAGGAGAUCAUCACUUGCUACCUUACGGAGAAGGUCUUGAAUAGCAGUUUCAGUGCAACUGCUAUUGGUGAAGCUGAUCUGAACAAGUGCGAACCUUGGGAUCUCCCUAAGAGAGCGAGGAUGGGGGAGAAAGAGUGGUACUUCUUCUGUCAAAGAGACAGGAAGUAUCCGACGGGGACGAGGACGAAUAGGGCGACGGAUUCUGGGUACUGGAAGGCCACCGAAGAUAAGGAGAUUUACAGAGGCAAAGGGAACCUCGUGGGGAUGAAGAAGACCCUCGUCUUCUACGGAGGGAGAGCUCCUAAAGGCGAGAAGACUGGCUGGGUUAUGCAUGAGUUCCGAUUGGAAGGAAAAUUCGCCGCUUAUAACCUUCCCAAGGCCGCUAAGGAUGAAUGGGUGGUGUGCAAGAUUUUCCACAAGAACACAGACGUCAAAAGCCCCCCUAUUCCUGAGCUUCUAAGGAUCAACUCUUUCGGAGACCAUCUGCCGGAUUUCUCUCCGUCGCUCCCGCCUCUCAUGGAUCCAGCUUGCUUCAGUAACGCCGAACCCUGGCUACAGUGGCGGCGAUGGAUUCAAGGUGGCCAACCAGCAGCCGUCAUGGGACGGUUAUUAUCUCUCCAACUUCGCCUGCAACGACCAUCUCAGUAA